AUGUCGACGACCCCCCAGCAAAACGGCUCUACGCCGAAGCCAAAAGCCCCGGCUGGAAAGAAAGAGGUCAAGGUUCUCAUGCUCCACGGCUACACACAGUCAGGUCCUCUCUUCCGCGCAAAGACACGCGCUCUAGAAAAGAUCCUGACCAAGUCACUGGGCCCCAUCUCCAUCCUCCCGGUGUUCUUCUACCCGACGGCGCCCAACCGCCUUAGGCCGCAGGACAUCCCGGGCUACGAGCCGGCCCCGGGUUCCGAGGGCCAGGAGGAGCAGAUCGACUCAUGGGCGUGGUUCCGCAAGAACGAUGCCACAGGCGAGUACAGGUAUUUCAACGAGGGCAUGGCCGCGGUUGCGGAGGCAAUCAAGGAGGCCGGCGGAGUUGACGCCGUCUGCGGAUUCAGCCAAGGCGGUGCGGUGACUGGUAUCGUUGCUGCUGCGCUCGAGAGCGGUAGGGCGGCCCCGGAAGGUGCCGAAGGCGAGUGGGCAAGAAAGCUGCGAGAAGCAAACGGCGGACAACCUUUGAAGUUUGCCGUCUCAUACUCGGGGUUUUGGGCCCCAGUCGACAAGCUUCAGUGGUGCUACGAGCCCAAGAUCACGACGCCAACUCUGCAUUAUCUGGGAAGCUUGGAUACCGUCGUUGAGGAAAGUAGGACCCAAGCUCUGAUAGACCGAUGCGAGAGCCCCUUGGUAGUGACACAUCCUGGUGGUCAUUACGUGCCGGUAUCGAAAGAGUGGGCGCUCCCGUUGGCGGGAUUCAUCAAACAGUAUACUGAGCGCGAACUCAAAUCCGAGCUGUGA